ACUGCGGACAGUACAGGGGAUGACCAGAGACUAUGGACAGUGCAGGGGAUGACCAGAGACUGCGGACAUAGUACAGGAGAUGACCACAGACUGCGGACGGUACAGGAGAUGACCGGAGACUGCGGACAGUGCAGGGGAUCACCAGAGACUGCGGACAGUGCAGGGGAUGACCAGAGACUGCAGACAGUACAGGAGAUGACCAGAGACUAUGGACAGUGCAGGGGAUCACCAGAGACUGCGGACAGUGCAGGAGAUGACCAGAGACUGCAGACAGUACAGGAGAUGAUCAGAGACUACGGACAACAGUACAGGGGAUGACCAGAGACUACGGACAGUACAGAGGAUGACCAGAGAUUGCAGACAGUACAGGGGAUGACCAGAG